AAGCUAUAGCCUAUUGCCGUUGCCUUGCUCCUCAGCUGCGCCACUGUAAUUUUACUUAUUGGCUUAUCUCUUGGUUUUUAACUGUACUAAACAGAGAGACUAUGGCGGAAGAGGAAGGGCAGCCAUUGGCCUACGUAUCAGAGAUAGUAUUGAAGAAAAGGAAAAUAAGAUAUGAGCUAGCGAUUACGAGGACACAGUUGGAACUGGGAAAAUAUGGAGCCAAGAAAAGCAACAACCAAUCCCAUGUUUCUGACAUCAAAAGACCCGAGCAGUUCAUAAAAGAGUUCAGAGACAAGGAAUUGGACCUGAUCAGAAUGAAACAGAGGGCAAAUAGGCCAAAAUCAAUGAUAUCAAAGCCGAAAUCAAACUUACUAUUCAUUAUCCGUAUACAAGGCAAAAAUGACAUGCAUCCAAAAACAAGAAAGAUCUUAUACAAACUAAGAUUGAGGAAAGUUUUCAGUGGUGUCUUUGUGAAGGAAACUGAGGGUGUAAUAGACAUGUUGCAGAAGGUGGAGCCAUAUGUCACUUUUGGAUACCCUAAUCUUAGGAGUGUGAAGGAGCUUGUUUACAAGAAAGGUUAUGCAAAGAUUUACAAGAAAGCAGUUCCUCUGACUGAUAAUAACAUCAUUGAGCAGACAUUGGGAAAGUAUGGCAUCAUAUGCAUAGAAGAUAUCAUACACAAAAUCGCAAAUGUCGGUCCACAUUUCAAGGAGGUUGUUCAUUUUAUGGGACCCUUUAUGCUUAGCAAGCCAGAAGAUGGAUUAAUCCAUGGGAAGAAACAGUCAUAUAAAGAAGGGGGAGAUGCUGGAAAUCGCGAAAACGAAAUCAAUGAUCUAAUCAACAAAAUGAAUUAAGCUCCAAUGUUAUAGUUCCUUGUAGCUUUCUAUAAACCUGCAUGGGAUGUAAUCCAGUUAAGU